AUGUUUCAUGUGGUUGUGGCAAUUGAAUAUCUGCAUCACAGUCAUAACACUCCGAUAGUUCAUUGCGACCUAAAUCCUCUUUUGUACAAAGAUAUGGUGGCUCAUGUUGGUGAUUUUGGAAUCUCUAUGAUUUUAGCCGUAAACAAGUCCAUGGAACACACAGAGACAUUGGGAACUCUUGGAUACAUUGCAGCAGAAUAUGGUUCAGAUGGAAUGGUCUCCGCUAGUGGUGAUGUUUACAGCUAUGGCAUCAUGUUCAUGGAAGUUUUGGCAAAAAGAAGGCUGACAGAUGAAGAGAUAUUCAAUGAAAACCUUGGGUUGAGAGAGUGGAUAAGGCGAGCAUUUCCGAGAACUAUAAUGGAUGUUGUGGAUGCCAAUCUUUUCUCUGAGGAAGAGCAAAUCACUUCCAAAAGUGCAAUUACGAUGGAACUCGCGGCUGAAAGUGCUUUUUUGGCUAAACUUGAUGCCAUUACCCGUCAAUGGGAAGUGAUAAAUGAAAGGUUAGAUCAUAUGGGAGUUCCACGGGAGCAAGUGGGCUACCCAGACACACGUCAAGAUGAAGACCGUAGCUCAUGUGAGCUACGAGGUAAAUCUCAAGAUGGAGAGGAAGCCAAGAUUCAAAAUAAAGAUGAUUGGCUGAGACUUUUGGUUAUUGAGCUCUCGGUUUCUUCAUGUGCGUACUUUUUUGAGCGAUUCCUUUUGAAGUGGUAUUUGAACGAGGUGAAGCCGUGA